UGAAGUCGAGGGCGCGAACGCACUUUUCUGGUGAGAAGGGAACGCAGAAGUCUAACUGACGCGCAGUCUAUCUUCAGCUCUUGCUGUCUAAAAGUCGCUUCAUUGUGGAGAGGGCUUCGAAACAUCUUUGGGACACUAUCACCAUGGACGCAUUUCAAGUACUAUCGUUAUAUUUGUUACUGAUCUUCAUUUGGAAUAUACCAUGUUUUCAGUCAGCUGCCAUCAUAUCCCCCUCUAUGCCAAGGAGAAACAAGGGAGUGAAGAUACUUCAUGAUGGACAAAGGUCAACCACAUUUCUCAAAGAGAUCUUCGCAUCUUCCCCUAUGUUAAGCCGUCACCGAGAAGACUUUAAUAAGGACGCAAUUGUGCCCCACGAUUACAUGCUCUCCAUAUACAGAACGUAUUCGGCUGCAGAGAGACUCGGACUAAACGCAAGUUUUUUCCGCUCCUCAAAGUCUGCAAACACCAUAACAAGUUUUGUGGACAGAGGAACAGACGAUCUCUUGCACUCUCCUUUGCGAAGACAAAAGUAUCUGUUUGAUGUCUCAACCCUUUCAGACAAAGAGGAGUUGGUUGGAGCUGAAUUAAGGAUAUUUAGAAAAGUGCCCGGGGAUUUGCAAACGUCCCCGACAGGUCUCUAUGACAUUCAAUUACUCUCCUGUCGAUCAGAACGGCUACUGGAUUCCAGAUCCCUUGAUCCUCUGGAUUCCAGAAAACCAGGAUGGGAGGUUUUGGACGUGUGGGAAAUUUUUAAAAACCGGCAUCACUCUGCCCAGGGGAGCCAGCUUUGUCUCCAGCUCAAGGGCACUCUUGGUAAAUCAGAAAUGGAAAUCGAUUUAAAACAGAUGGGAUUUGACAGAACCGGUCGAAACCAGCAAGAGAAGGCCAUCUUGGUGGUUUACACCAGGUCCAAGAAAAGGGAGAACCUGUUCAACGAAAUGAAAGAGAAGAUCAAAUCGCGCGGAUCGGGGAGCAGGUCGGAGGAGGAGAGGGGCCUGCGGUUCAAAGCCAGGCGCCGACGGAGGACUGCAUUGAACAAUCGGCAUGGGAAAAGACAUGGCAAAAAGUCCAAAUCUAGAUGCAGUAAAAAGGCUCUGCACGUUAAUUUCAAAGAGCUAGGGUGGGAUGACUGGAUCAUUGCGCCAUUGGAUUACGAAGCGUACCACUGCGAGGGCGUGUGCGACUUCCCUUUGAGGUCGCAUUUAGAGCCAACUAACCAUGCCAUCAUUCAAACUCUCAUGAAUUCAAUGGACCCCAAUAGCACACCUCCUAGCUGUUGUGUUCCCACUAAACUAAGUCCCAUCAGCAUUCUUUACAUAGAUUCGGGCAAUAACGUUGUGUACAAACAGUACGAGGACAUGGUGGUAGAGCAGUGUGGCUGCAGGUAGCGUCCUUUUCUUCUGCGACACUUGAACGUAUUUAAACCCCGUAAAAACAAAGAUAAGUCAGUCGGCCCAGGUCAGGAUAUGAAAGCUGUGGCAUAUCUUAAGCAUAUAGACCCAUGCGUUCUUGCCAUAUCAUGGUGCGCCUAAACUUCACUCAAAAGGGAUCCACGAGAGACAUUAUUUGCAGUGUGGGCCUAUGCAAGCAUAUUUGUGUUGGUCACAUUUAAACUCAGUACAAUCUCACAUAGCCUUAUCUGUCCAAUUGUUGUGUUAAACUAAUACAUACUCCUAGUCUACAUUGCCAUCCAUAUGAUGUGUUUUUCAAUUGCAUAGUCUAUUGUUUCGCGAGGCCCCGACAUGGAUAGACAGUUCGUUAUAAACCAUUAGUCCGCAGGAGAGGAGUGGCUAUCGACAGGCUAGUGAUAGGCUAUCAUUUGUUCUUUUCUGAGCAGACUUGGAAUUGUUGGUCUUCCAUCAGUGAAUUACGUCCGAAAUGGGCACAGUGGAAUGCACCUGUUCAAACUAGGCCGCAGUCACGGGAUAGCCCUUGUGCAUUGUUGCAGCUCCCUGCAGCGGUCUUGCAAAGAGGACUCAUUUGUAGCGGGUGUUUCCAGGCUCACUGCCAGCAUCCAGCUGAAACUAUCGAGCUCUUCUGAUGCGUUAUCAAUCGGCCCUAGCACCCCCCCCCCCCCCACCCUCUCUCUCUCCAAUUUCUCUCUCUCAAAUAUAUUUCUCUCUCUCUCUCUCUCUC